CCUUGCACAUGUGUGAGUACGUUGGAGUACAUCGCACAUUGUCGAUUCGACCAAAAGAAAUUUAAGAUUCAACUUAAUUUUCUGGUGUGAUUCGACAUGAAGAAGAAACGGGUAAAUGCGCAGUCAGUUGAGAUGACUCCAUCAGAAUUAACCAAUGACCUGGAGAAGGAGGAAAAUGAGCCUCCUGUUAAAGUGAAAAAGAGAAAUCGUGAGAAGGUGGCAUACCACCCUGUCAAGUUGUCCAGAAGUGACCUGUACAGAGCCCCAACAGUGGAGGAACUCAACCAGCUGAAAGAGGCUGAGAGCUUAUUUCACUGCAGCUUGCUCAAAAUGCAGAUGGAGGAACUGUUGAAAGAAAUUGCCCUCAGUGAACGCAGGAAACUGCUAAUAGAUGCUUUUGUUGAGAUGGUCACCAAGCUCCUGAAGGCUGUACCACGGUCACCUGACGUGGAGGUAAAUGACCUGUCAUGGCUAUCCAAUGAUGUGAAGGUUCCUAUCCUCCUGUUACCAAAAACACAAAAGAGCAAGUUCCACAUAGCGCCUCCCGCUUCUGUUGAUCUAAUUGGAAGUUACCCCUUGGGAACCUGUACCAAACCACGCGUCGUGGUUGACCUGGCUGUCACAAUCCCAGCUGGUAUCCUCUACCACAAAGACUUCUUAAACCAGAGGUAUCCCAGGAAAAAAGCAAUCUACCUGGCAGGUCUGGCUCAGUAUCUGAGAGCCUCUUCAGAUAUAGGAUCCAUGUCCUACUCUUGCCUUCAUGGGAAUCGGCUUCGUCCCAUUCUGCUGCUGAGUCCUCCUGGUAAAGACUCAUCUGCCUUGAUUGUCCGCCUUCAUGCUUGUCCACCUCCUGGAUUUUUCAAGCCCAAGCGUUUCCACCCUCAGGUGAAUAACAUCAGGACAGGCUGGUACACCGGGGUGAACAACACACAAUCUGAGAUCAGUGAGCCUCCCACUCCACAUUACAAUAGCACCCUUCUGGGUGAUCUGCUCCCCAGGGCUCAUCUUCAGUUUUUGUCUGCUGUGAGCACUCGGUGCUCCGCUUUUCCCGACGGGGUGGCUUUGCUCAAAGUCUGGCUCCGUCAGCGAGAGCUUGACCAGGGCACUGGGUGUUUUAAUGGCUUUCUGGCCUCCAUGCUCUUGGCGUACCUUCUGACGAUGCACAGAAUCAGCAACAACAUGACUGCCUAUCAGCUACUGCGAAACACCUUAAACUUUCUGGCAUUGACAGACAUGACAGUGAAUGGAAUCAGCUUGGCCAAAGAACCUGACUCGACAGCUCCAUCGCUGGCAGACUUUCACGAUGCAUUCCAGGUUGUAUUCAUUGAUCCGUCAGGACACCUCAACAUGUGUGCCGACAUGACGGCAUGCACCUACAAGCAGCUGCAGCAUGAGGCGUCAGUGUCCAUGCAGUUCUGGGACGACCCCACUGUGGAUGGUUUCCACAGCCUCCUCAUGACCCCCAAAACUAUGAUGAGGACCAGUGACGACGUCUUCCAAUUAUGUGAACUUUCAAAGCUUCAGGCCAGCUGUAAGAAGCUGAACCUCCUCAGUGAGCUGAUGGACAACAGUGGAAACUACGUGCACACAGCUCUCCCGUUUAUACUGUCGCUGCUUCAGAGAGGACUCGGCCAAAGGAUCAGCCUUCUCACCCACUCCCUUUCCCCUGAACCUGAGUGGUCGCUGGAGAGCGAACCCCCAAAGCACAAAGCCCAGCCACCUCUCACUUUUGGUUUGUUGUUGUGGCCUGAGCUGGCAACCUCUGUCUUGGAACGAGGACCUCCAGCAGACAGCCCUAAGGCUGCUGAUUUUCGGCAGCUUUGGGGCACUCGCUCGGAGCUCCGUCGUUUUCAGGACGGCGCCAUCACUGAAGCUGUCCUGUGGCAAGGAGACAGCAUGUGCCAGAAACGGCUGGUACCACAACAGAUCAUCACAUACCUACUACAACUCCAUGCAGACAUCCCUGAGUCUUGUGUGCGACACGUUGGGGCAAUUGUUGAGGACGUCAUCAAAAUGAGAAGUCAGGUGCCAAGUACUGGAGAAGAGGAAAGCUUGCGUGUGGUUCAGUCCUAUGAUGACCUGAGCAGAAAACUUUGGAAACUUGAAGGUCUUCCGCUCUCUAUUACAUCAGUGCAAGGAGCCCACCCGUCACUCAGAUACACACAGGUUUUUCCUCCUCUCCCUCUCAAGUUCGACUACUCCUUCUUUGACAAAGGAAAGGCUUUCCAACUACUGGUACCAAAGGAGGGUAAACCGUGCCCGGCUUAUGUCAACCCCAUCACAGUGAUCUGUCACAUGGAGGGAAGUGGAAAGUGGCCUCACGACCGCCUCGCCAUUCACCACAUCCGAGCUGCAUUCCACAUUCGACUGGGAGAGUUACUUAAGGUGCAGCAUGACUACACGUGCAAACCCUGCGCCACACACCUGGACGUCUGGAAGGAUGGCUUUGUGUUCCGCAUCCAGGUGGCAUACCAUCGAGAGCCCCAGAUACUGAGAGAGAGCGUAAGUCCUGAGGGGCUGCUGGUCGUCAGGGACAACGAGGAGGCUCAGAGCUUGGAGAUGAGCACCAUACACAAGCCUCUACUAACCAGCACACUGCAUGGGCUUCAGCAGCAACACCCGUGUUUCGGAGCAGUGUGUCGCUUGGCCAAACGUUGGCUGGGGGCCCAACUCUUCAGCGAAGACAUCACAGAGGACACAGCGGACCUCCUGGUGGCGUCCCUCUUUCUGCAGCCUGCACCAUUCCCCCCUCCUGGUUCUCCUCAGGUGGGCUUCCUCCGCUUCCUUCAUCUGCUCUCCUCCUUUGACUGGAGGAACAACCCGCUGGUCGUCAACCUCAACAAGCAGCUCACAGUGGCCGACUACACAGAGAUCAAGAAUGACUUCAUGGCCUCCAGGGAGUACCUACCCGUCAUGUUUAUAGCAACGCCUAGAGACAAAAAACUUUCGAUGUGGACCAAGAGAGCCCCCACUGUCCAGAUACUCCAGCGAGUGGUGAUGGUGGCUGCUGAAAGUCUCAAGGUUCUGGAACAUCAGCUGAUGGAUGGCAGUCAGAUCCAAGAUGUUAGGGUGGCCAUGCGUCCUCCUCUGGAUGCUUACGAUGUACUGAUCCACCUAAACCCCAAGCAGGUUCCCCUGCUCGGCCAGGCAGUGGACCCUCCCACCGUCAACUUCAGCAGGGGCGUGCUCACCGGCAACGUGGUCUCAUCGGGAGGGAAGAUGCCCGUCACUGACUACAAUCCUGUGACCCUCUACCUGGCAGAGCUGCGGGACGCAUUUGGAGACCUGGCCCUUUUCUUUUGCGAUCCCUAUGGAGGAUCAGUGAUCGCCGUUUUAUGGAAGCCCAAGGCCUUCGCCCCUCUGCCCUUCAAGACGUCCCAGUUGUCUGCCAGAAGUGUCAAGGAAACUGGCGAAGAAGCAAACACGGUUCCCAAUGUGGAAGCUAUACUGGAGGACUUCCGCAUUAUUGGAAAGGAUUUGGUCAAAUCGGUGGAGGCCAGGACUGAAAGAUGGUCAUUUUAGUUUGACAUUAAUUCUCAACUCCAUUUUCCAUACAUUUGGAAAACACAAUAAAGCAAUCAUGCAUUUGUAAUGUUUUGAUCAUGUUGAACCAUAUCUAAUAAAUAUAAACUAUUUCUCUUC